AUGAAGCUGGAACAGGUGGCUGCAGCAUGCACAGCAGAGCAGCUGGAGGCCUUGGACAAGAAGCUCACCGAGCUGGAUGCUAAGCGAAAAAAGGACAAGGCGGCAGCCGAGAAGGAUGAUGGAAGCGACCAAGAGGUGCCGGACGAGAACUUCGGCGAGAUGGAUGAUCCGGCAGCUCACUUCGCACAGCAGCGGCUGCAAGAGAUCGAGGAGGAGGAAGAGAAUGAGCCGGAAGAGGACACGGGUCCAGCAGCUGGCGGUGCGACCGCAGAAGAUGGCGGUGCGGCGAGCAGCAGCGGUGCGACCGCUGCUGAGGGUGCUGAGGCGGCCACUGCUGCCGACGAGGAGGGCCAGGGAGAGCGGCUGCGAGAGAGCAGAAGAGCACUCUCCUCUGUGGAUGCUGUGCCAGCCUGGCUCGCUGAGAAGUACGAGAUGCCCAGCAGCUGCAUGGUCGUGCAUGUCGUGCACACGGGGCGAACUCUGCCGCACUUUCAGGUUCGCCUCGGCAGUGGCAGGUGUGGCCGAGUUUUGAGUUUUGCGAGAGAUGCAGGCUGCGAGUUUGUGCAACUCAGGGCCAGCACCAGUGCAUCCUACAAUCCGGCCGUGGAUGCAGCGAGCAUCGAGACCUCCAAGGAUUGCAUCUCCAAGCUCGCGGCGAAGAAGAGAUCGCAGCUUCAGGCCUGGUAUAUGUGCUGGACUUGGGCUAUGGCUGCCGAGAGUGGGCCGAAGAAGCGGCGAACC